UCUUCGCUGAACAACAAUGGCGAAUUCCUUGGCAUGCCCAUCUCACACCAUCCGAACCCUUUUCCCUCUCCUCCACUCCAAACCCCAACCUUUCAUUGCCAUCAAUGCCCGCGCAAGGCCCUCCGGCGCCCAGAUCCCCUCCGGCAAUCCCCGGCGUUUCAUCGGCGUUCGUUGCCAGGUGACGGAUGAUACGCGUUUCAUGCGGAGGUGCGUCGAGCUCGCCCGGACAGCGAUCGGAUGCACUAGCCCCAAUCCGAUGGUCGGCUGCGUCAUCGUUAAGGAUGGCGCCGUCGUCGGCGAAGGGUUCCAUCCCAAGGCCGGCCAACCCCAUGCUGAGGUUUUCGCUGUGAGAGAUGCCGGGGCGCUGGCGGAGAACGCCACGGCGUAUGUGAGCUUGGAGCCUUGCAACCAUUACGGGAGGACUCCUCCGUGCACGGAAGCGCUUAUAGGUGCGAAGUUGAAGCGAGUGGUGAUUGGGAUGGUGGAUCCGAACCCCAUUGUGGCAUCAAAAGGAGUGGAGAAGCUCAGAGAUGCAGGAAUGGAGGUUGUUGUUGGUGUGGAGGAAUUGAUGUGUAGGAAGCUCAAUGAAGCUUAUAUUCAUAAGAUGCUUACUGGGAAGCCAUUUGUGACUUUGAGGUAUUCCCUCUCGUUCAAUGGAGGGAUACUAAAUCAUUUGGGGGAAGGAGCUGAAGAAUUUGGUGGAUACUAUUCACAACUGCUGCAGGAAUAUGAUGCUGUUAUAAUAUCUAGUGAUUCUUUAUCCAAAAUGUCAGAACUGCCAACAUCAAAAGAAACCAGAGCCAAUCAACCUCUGAUCAUUGUGAUAGCAAGAAACAAUACUUCUUCGAUAUGCCUUCCUAGUCCCGCUACCGGAACACAAAUACUAAUCUUGUCAGAGAAAGCCAUAACUGUGCAACCAAAAUCAGAGGAAAUAAAAAAUACAGUCAUUCAAAAGUUAAACUUAAGCACAAUUCUUGAUUAUUGUGCGACUCUAGGACUUUGCAGCAUUUUGUUCGAUUUCAGAGCAGAUGAUGUAUGUUUCACUCAAUUUCUUGAAGACAGCUUCAAGGAGCAGUUAUUGCAGAAGGUAGUGAUGGAAAUAAGCCCCGCAUGGGAUGUAACCGGAGACACUUCUAUGUUGAAUUUCGGGAGUCAAUCAUUCAAAUUGAAAGAUUUACAGUCAAGAUUAGCAAAUGACAGCAUUAUUGCCGAGGGUUACAUUGCGUAGAGUCGGUUAUCGAGCAAGCCUGUUUUGCUUUCCUGAUUUUCUGAUAAUCAGAAACAACAGCAUGAAGGAAUUACAAAAAAGUUUGGUGAGUUCCUGUUGUAUGAUAUGUGCAUUAAGAUGAUUUUCUCAUGAUUUAAGCAUAAUUUUUUGUUUGAGUUUGUCUCUCUCCAUUAAAAUGUAGAGUUCUUCCAUCUGUUACUAGUCACUGGCGGUAUUGUUGAUUAACAUGUCUGCUUCUGUUGUAGUUUUCUUAUGGCUAUUGCUUGCAAUAAACUUGUUUAAUAAGUGGUUUCUAGUAAAGAAUGCCUACUUGUUUAA